GCCGUUUGAUCAAGUUUCUUCUUCUUCUUCUUCUUCUUCUUCUUUUCUUUUCUCCUUUUGAAACUUUGGCUAGUUGCUGUUUUGUGCCAUCUGGAGUGUAGGAUCGUACAGUUGUGUUUCUUUCCCGAAUUCUGAAGAUAGUGGUUACUUUUUUAUGCACAAAUAUGCUCAUCAGAUGCAAGGAGUGAGACACGAAAAGUUUUAUACUAGCCAUCGCGUGUUUUAAUUGAUUGGAUUUUGGUCGAAUACAUCUGGUUCUUUGUUGGAUCAUCCUUAAUCAUUCGGAGGAUACUAGUUUCUUAUGAUCAGAAUUAGAAAGUGGUAGUGUUAUUGGAUUGAGCCAUGGCAGCUGUGUCGCAAGCAGAUUCUAAACGUAUGUAUUCCUGGUGGUGGGACAGCCACAUAAGCCCCAAAAACUCAAAAUGGCUUCAGGAGAAUCUUACAGAUAUGGAUGUCAAAGUCAAACAAAUGAUUAAACUUAUUGAAGAAGAUGCAGAUUCCUUUGCAAGGAGGGCAGAGAUGUAUUAUAAGAAACGCCCAGAGCUUAUGAAAUUGGUUGAAGAAUUUUAUAGAGCAUAUCGCGCCUUGGCCGAAAGAUAUGAUCAUGCGACAGGAGUGCUCCUUCAAGCACAUCGAACAAUGGCAGAAGCGUUCCCCAACCAAGUCCCUUUCAUGUUAACUGAUGAUUCACCCAUAGGUUCUGCUGAUAGCGAGCCCCGUACACCUGACAUGCCACCAAUACGUCCACUUUUUGAUUCUGAUGAAUUGCAAAAGGAUGCUUUGGGAAUCUCUCCAUCACAUUCCCAUGCUUUCAAGGAGCAUGGAGCUUUUACUGAAGAAUCUGAUUCUGUUCCUGGCAGAAGGUGUUUGAAACAGCUCAAUGAUUUGUUUGGGACUGGAGAAGGAAGGGCAAGAAAAGGCCUUAGUUUUCAUGAUGUGGAAGAGAAAUAUCAAGGUGUGCAAGACGAUGGCAAAAACGAUAUCAAGGCUCAAGUUCGAUCUGAUUCUGAGCCACUGAGUAAAGCUGAGCAGGAUAUUGCAACCUUAAAGAACACUUUUGCUAAAUUAGAAGCUGGCCUAAUUGAGUACCAACAGAGUUUGCAAAUAUUGUUUAAUCUAGAGUCUGAAGUCUCUCGUGCAAAAGAGGAUUCCAAGGGGCUCAAUGAACAAGCCAGCAAAGCUGAAGCAGAAGUUCAGACUUUGAAGGAAGCCAUCACUAAACUAGAGGCUGAAAGGGAAGCUAGUUUGCUUCAAUACCAGCACUGCUUGGACAACAUAUCUAAUCUGGAGAACAAUAUCUCCAAUGCCCAGAUAGAUGCAGAGGAACUCAAUGAGCGUUCUUGUAAAGCUGAAAUUGUGGUUCAGUCGCUUAAGCUGGAACUGACUAAAUUAGAAGCUGAAAAAGAAGAUAUUCUUCUGCAGUACGAACAGUGUCUAGAGAAGACAACUUAUCUGGAGAGAAAAAUAUUGCAUGCGGAGGAAGAUGCCAGGAGGUUUAAUGAACAUGCUGAUAAAGCUGAAAUGGAGGUUGAAAGCUUGAAGGAAGUGCUUGCCAAGCUAACUGGAGCGAAGGAAGCUGCUGCUGUUCAGUACCAGCAGUGCUUGGGUACAAUUUCAAGCUUGGAGCAGAAACUUGCUUUUGCCCAGGAGGAGGCCCAAAGGCUUAAAUCUGAGUUAGAUGAUGGAGUUGUGAAGUUGAAGGGUGCUGAAGAAAAGUGUCUUCAGUUGGAGAGAUCAAAUCAGACUAUGCACUCUGAGUUGGAGUCUCUGGCACAGAAAAUGUCUGCUCAAAGUGAAGAACUUACAGAGAAGCAGGAGGAGUUGAGGAGACUGUGGACUUGCAUACAAGAAGAGCGCUUGCGAUUUGUGGAGGAUGAAACUGCUUUUCAGACUUUGCAGCAUUUGCACUCUCGAUCUCAGGAAGAACUCAGAUCUAUGGCUGCAGAGCUUCAGAACAGAGCUGAGAUUUUGCAGGACCUAGAAGUUCGUAAUCAGAGUUUACAAAAUGAAGUUGAGAAGGUCAAGGUAGAGAACAAAGGCCUAAGUGAAGUCAACUUAUCUUCAACUUCGACGAUACAAAAUUUGCAAGAUGUGAUUUCAAACUCAAGGCAGACGAUAGGGAAACUUGAAGCAGAGGUAGAACUUCGACUGGACCAGAGAAAUGCUCUUCAGCAAGAGAUUUACUGUCUGAAGGAGGAAAUAAAUGACAUUAACAAGAAAAACCAGGCUAUCAUGGACCAGGUGGAUUCAGUUGGCUUCAGUCCAGAGUGCCUUGGGUCAUCUGUGAAGGGUUUGCAGGAUGAGAACAUAAAGCUGAAAGAGGUUUGUGAGAGAGAGAGAGGCCAAAAUGUAGCACUUUUGGAAAAGCUGGAGAUCAUGGAGAAACUUAUAGGGGAAAAUGCUCUUUUAGAGAAUUCAUUAUCAGAUUUGAACAUUGAGCUAGAAGGGGUGCGAGAGAAGGUACAGGCAUUAGAAGAAUCCUGUGAAUCUCUCAUAGAAGAGAAAUCCACAUUAGUUUCUCACUUACAGAUUGUAACUGAUAAUUUGGAGGAACUUGCGGAGAAGAAUACCAUUCUGGAGGGUUCCCUUCUCGAAGCAUAUGCUGAAGUUGAGUGAUUGAGGGAAAAAUCAAAGAGCUUACAAGAUUUAUGUGUGUUGCUUGAAAAUGAGAACUCUGAUUUAGUUACUGUGAAAGGAAAUUUAAUUUCUCGGUUGGACAUCACUCAGAAAAGAUUGGAAGACAUGCUUACAAGAUUAUCAUUCAUAUAACAUGAAAACAAACGGUUGUUGAUAAA